UGCACACCACUUACCUCUGCACCUUCUUUUAAACUAUCUCAAUGGCUCUCUUCAUUCUCCUCCUCCUCCCUCUCUUCCUCCACUUCAAUCCAACGGUCGCAACCUUUGACAUCACAUCCUUUGGUGCCAAAUCCAACGGCCAAUCCGACUCGGCCCAGCCUCUAAUCCAAGCAUGGGAAGCUGCAUGUAGCUCAUCAAGUCCUUCAACCAUUUACAUACCAACAGGCACAUUUUUAGUGAGCCAAGCUAGGCUCCUUGGGCCUUGUAAGAGUAACAAAAUCACAGUUCAGAUCGAUGGAACUCUGAUUUCUCGGUCAGAUUACAGUGAGUUUGGGAGGAAAGGAGACUGGAUCGUGUUUGAUCACGUAGAAGGAGUGUCAGUUUAUGGCGGGAGUAUUGAUGGAAGCGGGGGUUCGCUGUGGGCUUGCAAAGCUAACGGCCAUAACUGUCCUGAUGGCGCCACUUCCUUGACAUUCAGCAACUCAAACGACAUCCUCAUCAGCGGCCUGACAUCGGUCAACAGCGAACUGUACCACAUCGUUAUCGACGGCUGCCAAGGUGUGACGCUGCAAGGCGUCAAGAUCUCAGCCCCCGGCAACAGCCCUAACACCGACGGGAUCCAUGUUCAGAUGUCGACCGAUGUGACCGUCAGAGGAGCUAGCAUUAAGACGGGUGAUGACUGUAUCUCCGUUGGACCGGGCACGGCUAACCUUUGGAUCGAGCAAGUCAGUUGUGGUCCCGGUCACGGCAUCAGCAUAGGGAGCUUGGGCAAAGAGUACCAAGAGAAGGGGGUGCGGAAUGUGACAGUCAGAACAACAAUGUUCGUAGGGACUGAAAAUGGGCUUAGGAUUAAAACAUGGGGAAGGCCCAGUGAUAGUUUUGUUAAGGGAGUGGCAUUUGAGCACUCAAUUAUGCAGAACGUCCAGCACCCCAUCAUUAUUGACCAAAAUUACUGCCCAGAUGAAAGAGGUUGCCCUGACCAGAAUUCUGGGGUGAAGAUAAGUCAAGUCAGUUACAACGACAUACAGGGCUCAUCGGCGACAGAAAUAGCGAUGAGUUUCACGUGCAGCUCGAGCAAUCCCUGUAGUGGGAUCGAGUUGCAGGAUGUCAAGCUCACUUAUGAAGGAAAGAUUGCAGCCUCAUCGUGUAAAAAUGCGAUCGGAACUGCAUCCGGGCUUGUCCAGCCGCCUAGCUGCCUGUAAUAUGUCUGAAGAAAGAGCGCCCUAAAAAUCUAUAUAUGGGCUUAUAUAUGUAUUACAUAGUUGUGAUGUCGUGAUGUCUAAAGUAUUGUUGUGUUGCGUAGCUUUGUUAUGUUUCAGUAAUUCAGAGUAAGGUUUUCCUACCUUUUAUUAGUUAGAGGCAGAAAUUAUACAUGUAUGUUUUCUUUUUCAUACAGCAGAAAA